AUGACGAUCAAGAUCUGGGCGAAGCGAACAGCAUGGACUUUGCUGCUUCAAGAUACAAUCGAUCUCCGAAGUCUCCAUUUCAUCGGCAGCCUCCAGAAUCGCAAAUUCCCGCCCAACGGCCUCAUCUUCCAUCUUGCCGACGGUAUAUACUCGCUCGAUGUCCCGGCCAAGCCCACGCACCCGAAGGAGCUGCCACCCCUCCAGACAUCUUCUUACAACGCUUUGAUGAAGCUCGCGACUCUGGACAACUCUAUCCAGGACGCCAUUGCGACACAGGAGCAGCUCACAUCCCAGAUCAACGACAUCCUAGAUGAGACCGCGCACAACGAGACACCAGCCGCCGAGGAGAAGGUGAAGCUGGCCAACAAAUACGUGGCCCAAGAGCUGCGAUCCUUGAAGGCAGCCGAAAAGCGGCGAGAGGAGCUACGCGAGUCUCUCAAGUCGCGUCGAGAGGCGAUUGCCCAAGGCCGCGCCCUCCAAGAUAAGCUGGCAAAGGAUAUUGUCGACGCCACAGAGCACCUAUCGGCAUCUAAAGAAGUUCUUGCCAAGACCAAGGAGACGAUUCGCGGCCAGCGACGCCGCAUUUGCGCAGACCUCGGCAACAUCUACCAGAUCACGCCCUGCCCCACGAGUGCUCCCCUCUCUUUCCAGAUCGCGGGCCUGCCCCUUCCAAAUACAAGCUACGACAGCGCCACUUCACGCGGCCCCGAUGACGACCUUCUCUCCGCCGCUCUGGGCCAUGUUGCUGCUCUCACCAAUGCGCUGCAAUACUACCUCUCUGUGCCGCUUCCAUACCCAAUCACGCCUUUUGGCUCACGGUCCCAUAUUCGCGACGAUAUAUCUCUGCUUACCGACCUGAACUCGGUGCAGGCGGCUCGACAGCGCGAUUUCCCCCUGCACCUCCCGCGAGGUGGGUCGACCGCGGCCCAGUAUCGCUUCGACUACGGUUGGUUCAUUCUCAACAAAAAUAUUGAGGCACUCUGUGCCAACCAAGGGUUGAAAGUCGUCGACAUACGUCAUACGUUGCCCAACCUCAAGUAUCUCCUGUACGUGUGCAGUGCCGGCACCGAAGAAGUUCCCGAGCGUAAGCGAGGCGGCUUCCGUGGUCUCUGGGCGGGACGGUUUAAAGGUCGCAUCCCUUCCUCGGUGGCAGGCGUUGGCGAUGAAGACUCGAGCAGCGUCGGCGGCAGUCGCCGUGGCAGCACCGACAGCGAGGUGCUCAGCCGGCAGCGUGAUGAGCUUAGGAAGGCCAUGACCGUUCGUGACGGUGCGAAUUCCCCUGUCGACUACAACUUCACUCACGGGAAUGGUGGGUCUGCGGGCCUCCCAUUCGAUGAUUUCAAAGUGUCGCUGAGAACCAAGGGCAUGAGAGAAAACGCUGGGAACUGA